GCGCAAUAAUGUCAUAUGUCUGAGCGCUACGAUAUAAAUUGCGUAGAAGCAGGAGCCACAAAGCAAAGCCGCGGCUUCGAAGAUCCAGUUACGCAUCCACAUUCUUUUCAACCCGAUUAUUCAUAGUUGACAGACGCCGCUUCCAUUUUCGUAUUAAUUAAUUUGCUGCUAGUAAUUUCUUUUCGGGAUAGUUAGUCAUUGGUGGUUCAACAAACUUCUUUAUUAUCUGUCAAAGAGCGCAGUCGCAGACCCACCAGUCGCAGAAAUUUAAAGACAUACAAUUUUCUUGACAUAAAAGCGAAAUAUAUAACGUAUAAGGUCUACGUUGAUCGUCCUGGAAUUUCAAUUUGUUCCACGGAUACGUCGUCCAGGUUUAGUGCAGUUCAUCGAAUCCACGACUGAGUUUUUUUUCUAAGUCAAGCCUAUGUAUUGAGGGCCACCGAUCACAAUUGUACAUUUUCUUCACGAGUACGAUCUGUGUCCGCAAAAGUUUUGUUGAAAUAAAUAAGAAAGCCUUUAUCAAAUACGACGAAGUCAUAACUCUUCGGUAAUUAAGUAAACGUAUAACGACAUGAAAAUGGGUGUUUACAACAAGUUCAGACAAGUUGUCACGACCCUGCUUCUCGCGACAGGGUCCUUGUUUCCAGCGGCGGCACCAGCAGAGGUGUGUGCGGUGCUGUUAGGAGGACCCGCAAAGAGACACAACCGGACGAGCCGCAGCCGCAGGCGCUCGGCCUCCCUGCCAGCAGCGUUCCCUCCGGCACCGUUUGCCCUCGACAACGCAAACGAGGAGGAAGGCGACAACGCAAACGAGGAGGAAGGCAUCUUUCCAUUGCUCGUCGAAAGAGUUUGUCAGGCGACACAACCGAAGAAUCCUUCGAACAUGCACAAAAGUAUGAGGGAGACUGACGACUCGCAGGAACAACAGCCGGACACGAGCGACAGGAGUACUUACUACGCUUUCUCGAAUACUUAAUGCAAUAGAGGUUUAGGUUUUUGUUUGUCUUUAUCUUUUUGGUGCUAUUUUUGAAGUCCACCGCGUAUAGGAUUUGUUCAAAACUCAUUGCCGUUCAUCAUCAUCGCAAUCGCCACUAUAGCUCGAAUGAGGUAAAAACUCCCGUAACUAAUAUCUACUACAAAUGAAGUACACCGCCGGCGCUUUUAUGAAACAGCAAUUGCUCUUGCAUCAUUUGCGAAUUUAUCUGUGCGCUGAAAAAACUAACUCGCGAAAUAUGAUGAACAACCGAACCAAAAACCACAGGAACUUUCACACCCUCGACACUUUGUCCGGACGACGAUCGGGGCACCGACAGCGAGAGUGAGGGCGACGGAUCAGCAUCAAGGUUGGAGGACUUCCAAAUGGGUCAAGCCUUCGAUAUGAAUUUGUCGUCUCCAGCGCCCCACGGUGGAAAGGGUGACGUAGAACAAGAAGAACGGGUAAGCUCUGCUCUGCAGGAGAAGCGAAGCGAGCACGCUGACGAGCUGGAACAAGCUUCUUUUUGGGUUCCUGUUCCAAAUAUAGGUUCAUGUUCGAGAAAACGAAGCCGCAGCGGCACCUAUAAUCGCGCCGAUUUGCUGCACUCAUGUCUGCAACGUCAAGCGGACCAUGUUGAAAAGAAGUUAGCAAUGCAUCCCAUCUUCACGGACAAGACGAAGACUGUGCCACGACACCGACAUGCUGCACCAGCAGCACGAAUGUAUGUUGUUGUCGAACCAAAUCGUGAUCACGAUCAGCCAAAUACGCCGCCAUGCAGCGACGGUGAAGAAGAUGAAGAGUGGGGCAUUUUCCAGUUGGAUGAGGAUCGUCCUAAGCAGGAUCUAUCAGGAAGCGACUCUGAGACGAUUGACGUGCCAUUUCCAGCUCUAUAGAAGUAACAACCUCGCUACUACAUCGAGGACCGUCUCUCUGUCGCCGGCAGUUGGUAAACCCAGAACCGCCAAGUAGAAAUUUGUAAUUAGAUGAAACAACAAGAAGUAAUAGACGAGUGAAUCACGUGGUUGGUCGCGACGCUGCGAAGGCCAGGCGUCUCGUCCUGAAACAAGAUCGUUACCGAAGUGAAGAAGUAUCCAGUGUGCGCCUCAAUUUUUUCACUAGAACAAGAUUAGAUGGACGUACGCGUUUCUAGGAGCUUUUGAUUGCAAAACGAAUGCAUAUCUUUGAUGUUUUAUUACAGUCGCAAUCGCUUUUUCUGUCACUCAUGAUGACCGAUCCAUGAAUGCCAAUCCACGCCCACAACUGAGUCUCUCGAGUGGUCCGUAUGAAAUUUUUCCAUAUUUUCCGCGACAACGAAGAUUGGUGAAUAUUGAAUUUUUGAUUCAAACAAUAUUAAUUGUUCUCGUAAAGCGGGUGUAGCGAGACUGGCAUCAUUUAUUAGGGCGGAUGAAAGUACUUACACAUUAAUUAACGAAUUGCUAUAGAAUUGUCCAGAAAUUGUCUAGAAAAAAAAGCAUGAAAUGAGAAGAGACCCUUUUAUUUUUGAUUUACAUGAGUCGACUUUGAAUUUGAUUCGUGUCAGUGGGAUAUAUCCUGCAAUUUCGGCGCUACGUCGUCACGUGUGCGUGAUCUUGAAAACUUUCUCAAAAUAGUACACACCGAAUCAUCUCGGCUUAUGCCCCAGGAUACGUAAACUGACGAACGCCAACAUCAAGACAGAAAGUGAUUUGGAAAAGUAGGAGUUGCAUUCAUGGGUAGUAACAGUAGCUUCCUACUUGAUUUCGUACACUCAAGACGUCAAGAGAAUCACCGCUGCUCCGUAUCAACAAGGCAGUAUGGUCGUGUGUCCGAAAAGAGCCCACGGCCAUACACAUACUAGCCCGAGGGAGAGAUGGAGUCCGAAAAAGAAGCGUUGCCUGCGACGUUGGAUAAUUGGUUAGCCAAGAAUCUACUUUAGCUAGCAUCAGCAAUUCGAAAAGGGAGCCAUGUUUUGCGACCCACGAGGGUGCGGUGGCUAGUCAGGAGAAUCUAGUGACAGUAAAAACAAUGACAACAAACCAUGUUGGUGUACUAGAGCAACUCGCUGAGAGGGAGGUCCGCAGGGCCCGCUUCGCACGAAGUUGCAGUAGUUCCGUUAAGUCUACUGGUAAUAAAAUCGCUAUGCAAAUGAAAU